AUGGACGUCAUUGUCCGCACAGUUUAUACGACUGUGCCGUGCGCCACCUUUCUUUCGUCAUGUACAGUUGUCGUCACUGUCCGCACCUUUGGCAAGGCUGUUCUAUGGCCUUCGAGCUCGCGAGACAAGGAAAACGACCCCGCUGCCACAGACAGUCAGGUCUCCAGCGCUCAGAUUGAGCAAGAAGCUUCAAUCUUCUUCCCCCUCACAGAGGAGGAAGUUGAAGCCAAGAACGGUGCAUUCAUCCAACUAAUCGACAAGGAUGCCGUCUGCCAUGUGGCCUCUAAGCACUGUGGAGGAGGAGAUUGCAGCAUCAUUGAUGAGAAUCAAGGCAGCUUUAACAUCUGCUUCUUUGUUCGCUUCGAACCCAACGAAAAGACAUGGGUUUUGAGGAUCCCAAUCGUGCCUAUGGUUCGUGAUGCAUGGGGCAAGCUCUUGAGUGAGGUGGCUACGAUGCAAUAUAUUGAAAGUAACACUUCGAUUCGCAUCCCUCGUGUCCACGCAUACGGAGAAGACGACACGAUUUUCACAUCCACGGCGCAAUUUGCAGAUUAUCAUUGCAACUUUCUGUCAGAGACGAUUCAGCAACCCGUCCAGGAGCCCAGCCUCAACCAAACAAAGAUGGAACUGUUCGCAUUGGACAGUCUACUGAAGGAGAUGCCCAAGUGCAUCGACUUCAAAGAGCCUAGCCCUUCAUUCGUACUUGCCCACCCGGAUCUCAGAUGUGGUAACAUCCUCGUCGACGAUGACUUCCACAUUCUCGCAAUCAUUGACUGGGAGUUCUCCGGGACGAUUCCGCUGCAAUUAUUCACGCCGCCACCAUGGAUUAUGGGCCACGACCCCGAUACCCUCCUUUCCUACACCGGUGUUCCCCGACGCGAUAUUUUUCCGGAAUUCCGCACAAUUCUCAUGGAAAUGAGGAACUCAUCGAGCGCUUGCACCCAGCUUUGUCAAGACUGGGGAUUGGAAGACGAAGCCGUGCAGCAUCAAUUCGUGCAAAAAGUGUCACCCAUUAUGGAAAUCUUUCGCCACCCUUCUAAACUCCUGAAUAUAUACCAGAUGUCCAUCUUUGAACACAUAUACGGAUCUAACGCAUGCAGGGAGACGGUGGUUAACGACUUCCUCAAGAAAGAUGAGAACCGGGCGCUUGCACAACGAGCUGAGCUUCAAAUGCGAAACUCUCAACGCUACACCGAGUAUCUUGUUAAACAUGGACUGUUCGUCGAGGAUCAACGGGCUCAGAAAAUUCGUCAACUUAAUGAAAUGACGAAAAAAACAUUGGAGCAAGUCCGCCUAACGAGUCAAGCCCGCCGUGCACAAGACCCCGACCUCUAUUCCUAG